AUGGUUCCAGGUGUACGUACUCGGCAGCUGCUGCUGCUGUUGCUGCUGGAUGUUCUGGCCACGUCACCAGCAGGAUCAGCGCCAUCGUCAGCAGGUGGUCUCACAACUCGCUACGACGAGGACAGCGGCCGCAUCCAGCUGUUAACCAAACGAGCCGGUCGUGAGGUCGAAGUGGGCUACAUCACAGCCCACGGCGGCGGCGGCGGCGAACGCCCGCGCAUCCUAGUCCACGAGCUCCGUGGCGAUGGGGAGCGCUUUGACUUCGGCGGCUCCAGAGUCGUGGUCCGGCCCAGAGACACGGCUGCCCGCUGCUUCGCGUUCCAGCAGUGGGUGAACGCUUCGACGACGGUGCUGAGCAGCUGCCAGCACCACCUGGCCAGCCACAUCUACGGCGGAAUCGAGGAGACCAACCAGGUGUGGCCCAUCGAGGGCAACGUGUACGACCACUACCCGUACGUCACCGACCAGGACAACAACGCCGGCAUCGCUUCGCGGUACUGGCUCUUCUCCGACGGGAGAUUCGUCUUCGUACACUCGAACGUCCCCCUUUUCAUCGACCAGCAUACGGAUCAGUCACUGAACAGGCUGUGCUUCAUCGCCGAGAACACGGCUCCGUACCCGGAGAGCCGGCAGGACAACAUUAUGGAGUGGAACAUGUGUCUUUUCGACAGUCCGAGGGACGCCCACCUGUACGCCGUCCAGAACUACCUGGGGAAGCCGACUGCCGUCCCGGACACACGCAUGGCCACGGAACCCGUCUGGUCGACAGGAAACCGGUACAACACCGCUAUCAACGAGCAGAAGGUGCGCUCCUUCGCCAACGAAAUCGUCGCCAGCGGAUUCAACUUCAGCCAGAUCGAAAUCGACGACUAUUGGGAGACGUGCUACGGCAGCCUGACUUUCGAUACGAGCAAGUUUCCCGACGUGCGGACCCUCACAGACGACCUCCACGCGCUGGGAUUCCGAGUGACGCUGUGGGUGCAUCCGUUUGUGGUGCAGGGCUGCGAGCCGUACUACUCUGACGCGCUGGCCGCCGGUUACUUUGUGACCAACACAGAGGGCAGCACCGACACGCGCUGGUACAAGGGGACCGCCGGAGUCGUCGACUUCACCAACCCUGAGGCAGCCGCCUGGUGGGCGGAUCGACUCAAGACCCUCCGCAAUGAGACCGGCAUCGACUCGUUCGAAUUCGAUGCUGGCCAGACGAGCUGGCUGCCGCAGCUCCCCGUCAUAGAGCCAGUAGAGCGGAACCCCGUCCGCUUCACCGACGAGUACGCGGCGACCGCCUCCCAGUUCGGGCCCUUGGUCGAGAUACAGGCCGCCGUGGAGAGCCAGCGGCUGCCUCACUUCUUCCUGAUGGACAUCGUGUCCAGCAGCUGGGGCGCCUCGGGCGGUCUGCGGACGCUGCUGCCCAAGCUGCUCGAGAUCAGCAUGGUGGGCCACCCGUUCGUGAUGCCAGAGAUGGUGGGUGGCGCAACGCACGUCCUCCCCUCCCAGGAGCUGUACACGCGCUGGCUGCAGGCCACCAUCUUCAUGCCCGCCGUCAAGUUCUCCUUCACGCCGUGGGACUACGACGACGAGACGCUGGAGAUAUGCCGCAGCCUGAUGGAGCUUCGCGCCCAGUACGCCCCGGUCAUCGAGCAGCUCCUGCAGAAGGCGGCGGCCGACGGCACGCCGGUCAACCUGCCCGUCUGGUGGGUCGACCCGAGCGACUCUGUAGCGCACACCAUCGACUCAGAGUUCCUGCUGGGCGAGGACCUGCUGGUGGCGCCGGUGCUGGACGAGGGCGCCGUCGCGCGCGACGUUUACCUGCCGGCGGGCACCUGGCGGGACGAGGCCGACCCCGAGCACCCCACGGUGCGCGGCCCGCGCUGGCUCUACGACUACUCCGCGCCGCUCAACACUUUGCCCUACUUCACCAGGAUCGCCGACUCCUAG